AAAGAACUCCAUAAGCAUACACAUAAACUAAGCAACAACCUUAAUUUCCUUUCUUUACCUCUACACAUGCUCCAUUAAUCGUGCUCUCUUGCAUUAUUUUUGUCAAACCUUCGGUUAUAAAAUUUGCCUGAAAACCUUCAAAUAUAACAAUCUUUAUUCUCCACAUUUUGUUUUAUAUAUAACAUUUAUUAUAUUAUUGCACAUUUUGUUAUAAUAUACAUACAUAUAAACAGAGAGAGGGAAGAAGAUUUAUAUAAAUGGAUAGAGUAGCGAAGUUGGCUGGGCAAAAAGCAGUAGUUAUAUUCAGCAAGAGUUCAUGCUGCAUGUGCCAUGCAAUAAAGAGGUUGUUCUAUGAACAAGCAGUGAGCCCUGCAAUUUACGAGCUCGAUGAAGAUUCAAGAGGUAAAGAAAUGGAAUGCGCUCUUUUGAGGUUAGGGUGCAACCCUUCAGUCCCAGCUGUAUUUAUUGGUGGCAAAUUUGUUGGAUCUGCUAAUACUGUCAUGACCCUUCACCUUAAUGGCUCCUUGAAGAAACUGCUUAGGGAUGCUGGAGCUAUUUGGCUUUAGUACUGCUUCUCAUCUUUCUAUACCAUAACUACUUAAUUAAUAAAGCUAACUUGAUCAGCUGUAUUUUUCUUUAGUACAUCUUGAGGCUAUGUGUGUAAUAUUAUGAAAAGAUGCUCAAGUGAGAUUCUUAUAGUUUAAUGAAUUCGGUUGACUUGGGUAUUCAUUUUUGUUGAUCAA